CCCCCCUCGAAACCGAGAUAGCGGUGCUGUUCCGUCUAUUUUUGGCAUGUCAGCCGAACAGCUGCAGGAUAGGGAGAGGAGAUGGCGGCAGCACAUCUUCAGGGCUAUGACGAUGACGAUAAGAUCAUCGGUGGGUACGAGUGCCCGGCCCACUCGCAGCCUUGGCAAGUCUUUCUAACGUACGGAGCUGGUUACCGGUGGUGUGGAGGCUCCCUGAUUAACGAGCGCUGGGUCAUCUCUGCUGCUCAUUGCUACAAGAACCCCCUCACUCUCGUCGCGCACCUUGGCGAGCACGACACCGCCAGCGAGGAAGGGACUGAGCAGCACAUCCAGGUGGAAAAGGCCAUCCCCUACCCCAAGUACAACGCGCGCACCACCGACAACGACUUCAUGCUGAUCAAGCUGGCGGAACCAGUCCGUUUCAACGCCUUCGUGCAGCCCAUUAAGAUCUCUCAAAGCUGCCCCGUGGCGGGCGCCAACUGUCUCGUCUCCGGCUGGGGGAACGUCCUGACAACUGGCGUUGAGUACCCAGACAAGCUCCAGUGCCUAGAUGUGCCUAUCCUGUCAUCCUCCACCUGCAAGACCGCCUAUCCUGGCCGCAUCACUUCUAACAUGUUCUGUGCCGGAUACACUGAAGGAGGCAAAGAUUCUUGCCAGGGAGACUCUGGCGGGCCGCUGGUGUGCAAUGGGGAACUGACUGGUGUCGUAUCUUGGGGAUUCGGAUGUGCCCAGAAAAACUACCCUGGUGUGUAUGCUACAGUAUGCAAUUACAAAGCCUGGAUAGAAGAAAUCCUUGCAAACAACUGAGAUACCUUUGAAGAUUCACUCCAUGGGGGAAAAGAUCCCCCUUCCGGGAGAGAUGUCAUAAUUGAUGGACUAUGAAAAAAGAUCCAACUUUCUGUUUAAAAUAAAAGGGGAGACAGUUACCAGCAAAGAUGGUGGGCAUAUCAACAGCACAGACUGAAACUGGAAGAGUCAUUCCCUCUUCUUAGGGAAUUCUGGGAACUGUAGUUUCGGGAGGGAGGCCAGGGAUUCUUAGCACCCACCCUGACAAAACUACAACUCCCAAGAUUGUUUGGGGGAAGCCAAAGCAAUUAAAUUGAUAUUAGCUGAAAUACCAUUGUAUUUUUAGAUAUGCCUGAGGAAAAGAAGAUUGGGGGUGGGCCAUGAUUCAGAAAUAAAAUUCAGUGCCAAAAUGA